AUGUCCCAUAUUCAGACCCUGUCCCCUUCUCGCGCUCAUCCUCCUCAAAUUCAAUCUGCUCUGGUCGCAAGUCCCUUAUUGGCAGCUCUCGGAGCUCCUGGCGGGGAGUGCAUCUUGCCAACAGAAGUCACCCUUUCACACGUCAUGAUGCUCCCACCCAAGUCGAGCUGCUGUUUUGCCAUGAAGGCAAUCCGAAGAAAUCAUCAGUCUGACAUCACUCUUGACGAUGUCAUUAAGGGGCGAGAUCUUUUUUUGAGCGGCCUCUCAUCUUUAUCGGAUGACACAAUCACAUUAGUAGCAAACGCUAAGCAUGCUGCACGAGAAAAUAGCCGUCAAAAACUCCUGCAACUCAGUUGGGAGAUCGAAGAGGCAAAGCUCAAUAAACUGGUCCUCAUAGCAUUUGAGGAGAAGGAAAAGAAGCACCUGCAAAUGGCAGACUCAGAUUACUACCUCUUCAAGAAGCUCCUGCUACUGGCCGAUGAACAGCUGUUCCAAAUGUCGUCCAUAUCAUCGCUUGCCACCAAAUACGUCUCCCACAGGUUCCCCCAGAACAGUAGCGACACGGAGUAUGAACCUGGUGAGGAGGAACAAUACGAUCCUGAUCAUAGCGACAAUGGUAGCUACUCAGACAAUGACAAGGUGGAAGAAAGGUUUCCGGCCUGGACUCAAUUCCAAUCUCAACCCAGUGGGCAGCCAGUCAUCACUCAGCUCAAGCUACUCGGCGAUCAUGCAACAACACCUGAUCAAUACCAGGUUCAGAUGAAUCCCUCCCUGCAGCAGCAGCCCCCAACAGUACCAGCUGCUGGCACCACAACAAUAUCACCACCAACCACAGGAUCCCCAACAGAUCCCCAGCAGUAUGAGUUGCCGGCCCAGCCCCAGUAUCAGGAUCUCCAGCAGUAUGAGCUGCCACCCCAGCCCCAUCUUCAAGCUCUCCAGCAGUAUGCGCUGCCGCCCCAGCCCCAGUAUCAAGCUCCUGAGCAGUAUGAGCUGCCGCCCCAACCCCAGUAUCAAGUUCCCCAGCAGUAUGAGCCACCACUCCAGCAGCACCAACUCCGGUAUCAAGCUCCCCAGGAGUAUGAGCCGCCACCCCAGCACCAGCAGCACCAAUGCCACGAACGGAACAUGGGUAUGGCGCAGGCGCAGGUGUAUGCAGGCGCAUUCGCACUCCUCCAGGGUGAAGGAUCAAGGCUGCCGUUGCAGCCAGAUCUCAGGAGCGGGACUAUGGCCCCAUGGGGGGCUUCACGACUCAUUGCCCUUGCACCCUACCAUGUGGGAGAGAACGUCCGCGGGGAGCAAACCCAAGGCGUUAUUCGUACAGUGGGAGACGAUGACAAAAGACGAACCUCCCCCCCCACACCCACAAUACCAAUGGCUGCUAUGCCCAAUGCACCUGCGGAGUCCACAACUGAUUCAGCACCUAUUUCAACGCGCAUCGCGCUCAGUACAAAAGAGCUCUAUGGUCAAGUGGAGAUCGAGAUGAUCAAAGGGAUCCAUAAUUAUAUGGUGGCUUCAUUAGCGGACAUGCGACAUGCCCUCAAAGUACAUGCCCUGAAGAUCGUUCCGCUAGGCUAUAGCCUACGUCUACCCCUAUUUUCCCCACUGGACCAUGUAGCAUAUAAACAAGGCAAGAUCGAAACACUGCUGGAUGGAAAGAGGGUACUUACAUUUACAGUUGAUGGUGCAGUGGUUGAACGGCUGCUGGAGAACGAGGUGCUCAUCGACAUGGUUAUUGAGGUGUUGAUUGGAGGUUGGUCGGACGUCUUGGAAGGCCCAAUGGAUCGAGUGUUCGCAUCCUGCGGCGCUGUGAUCUAUUGUGUCAUGUAUGCUCAUCGCACAGGCCAAUUUAUUGAUGUGUCAGUGAACUCAUCUACCUUUGAUGAUGCAUACCAAGACAUCAUAGCAAUCAUUCAAACUAUCCGCGCAUCCGAUGUCUUGAGCGCGAGGUUCGAUGGAGUACAGCAGGAGAUUACCAUCUGA